AUGGGGAAGCCCGUCGAUGUGGAGCUCGGCGGUGGCGCGGGAGGCCUCGAGAUCGCCGGCGGCGGAGGCGGAGGCGGAGGCCCAUGGGGCGGGCGAGUCUUCGGCGCGAUCGGGCGGGCGGUUUCGUUCCGGUGCGUCUUCGUGCUCGUGCUCGCGGCGGGGGUGCUCGUCCCGGCCCUAUUCCUGCUCGUGCCCUCGCGCCAGGAGCUGGGGUACCUCUCGGACGACCACGACGUGCUCGCUGCUGAAAUCAAAGUUGGUUUCACUUUGGAAAAGCCAGUGUCAUUCCUUACUUCUCACAUAGACAAACUAGGGAAUGACAUAUUUGAAGAGAUUGGUGUACCUAAUAGCAAGGUUUCCAUUGUUUCAAUGCACCAUUUAACUUCUAAAUACUCCACACAUGUUGUUUUUGGUGUUCUUCCUUAUCCAAAAGAUGCUUCAAUAAGUUUGCCGGCUCUAAGUGUGCUGAGAUCAUCCUUAAUAGAGAUGAUGCUCCAGCAGGUGAACCUGUCCUUGACACCAUCACUUUUUGGGCAUCCAUCUUCUUUCGAGCUGUUGAGAUUCCCUGGAGGAAUUACAGUCAUUCCUGCACAGUCUGGUUUUACAUGGGCGAACACAGACCCCCUAUUCAACUUUGUGUUGAACAGCUCCAUUUAUCAGAUUUUGGGUAAUCUUACAGAGCUCAAGGAUCAGCUGAAACUUGGAUUAAAUUUAAGGUCAUACGAGUUCAGGAAUGAGAUUGGUUCUUCAGUUGAAGCUCCAGCAACUAUUGUGGCAUCGGUAUUAGAUGGAAGCAGUAAUCUUUUACCAGAUAGAUUGAGACAACUAGCUCAGUUAAUCAGAGAACCUGAUGCGAGGAAUCUUGGGCUUAAUCACUCUGUAUUUGGUAAACCCAUCUCCGGCUCCGGCUCCAUCGCCUUCACAAUCACUUUCUCCAAGCAUGCCACCAUUGUUGUCACCAUUUGGGAGCAUCCCUUACCCUGCACCUCGUCCAGCUUUAGCUCCUUCAUGGCGCAGACACCCGUGCUUUCCAUGUUUUAG